UUAGGUCUCCACUAAUUUGCUUUGUAAAAGCAGUGUUGAGGCACUCAUCAUUUUCCAAUAACCAAACUAAAAACCAAAAGAAACAAAAAAUAAAGAAAAUGCCAUGUUCUAAAGAAGAAGCUCUUGUUAGGCUCUUCUACAAUGCCUCAAGUUCAUUCCAACUCCUCUUGCUUUUCUCAUCAUUCUCUUUCAUUUUCCUCACCAAGUUUUUCCACUUCAUUGGCAGCAAUCCAAUUUUCCCAAGAAGCCAAUACAGUCAUGAGUACACAUUUUCCGAUGAAGAAGAAGAAGAAGAAGAUCAAGAAGAAGAAGAAGUAGUAGAAAAUCAAGAAAGGGUUGAUCAUUGUUUUGACUAUCAUCAUCAAAAUCAAGACACAGACCAUGAUCAUGAUCAUGAUCAUUUGGUGGCCGACAUCAUCUGCGGUGGCGAAGCUCUUUUCUUCUUGCCAAACGACAAUAAUUUUGGCUUUGAUACUCUCAGAGGAUCACUUGUAAACGACAACGACAACAACAACAACGACAACGACAGCGACGAAUAUUUCACAACACCUCAAGAGAGCUUAGUAGAAGAAGAAGAUCAAAACGACGCCACUGAAUUAUUGUCCAUGCAUGACACUGAUACUGAAUCUGAUCAUGACCAAUAUGAUGAUGAUCAUCAUAAUAAUAACCAUUCGAUUAUUCGAAAUUCUGUGUCGAAUAAUAACAAUCAACCAUGGCCCACCUCACCAGUCAUCACCAUAGGUCUUCGAAGUGGUUUGGUAAACAAUAAUGAUCAAAUCUCUCAUGAAUAUGAUGAUUACAAUAAGGUGGUGGAGAGCACAAAGUUUUCUUCUGGGGAUGAGAAGUUUCUGAGUUUUGGGCCAACUCAGUUGGAGAUCUCAUCAACAAAGAAUGAAAAAGAUGAUCGUAUUAACGGUGAUGAUGAAGUGUACGGAGAUUCCUGCACCGUUGGAUCAACUUCGAAGAGCUCAUCUGAAUGGAGAAGCUCAAUUAAUUACAGAGAUUCAGGGACUGAUGAUCCCUUCUCUUCUUCUUCGAGAAGAAGUUGUCCCAAGUGGGAAUCUUACACUGUUUUUCAAAAAUAUGAUGAAGAGAUGAUGUUUUUCGAUAGAAUCAGUGCUCAAAAGCUCCACGAAACAGAAUCAUUAAGGUCGAUCAAAGUGUCUCCAAGAUCGGUCUCGGAGAGAAUUGUUCAUACAAUUUCGAUGAUCAACAACAAAACGCCUAAGGACAUUCAUCGAAACCCUUAUCAUGAAUUGGAGGCUGCUUAUGUGGCUCAGAUAUGCUUGACUUGGGAAGCUUUGAAUUGGAACUAUAAGAAAUUUCAAGAGAAGAGGAGUUCACGGCGGAGUGAGUAUGAUCCCGGUUGCCCUGGCCAAAUAGCUCAGCAGUUUCAACAGUUCCAAGUUCUUCUGCAACGAUAUAUAGAGAAUGAGCCCUAUGAACAUGGAAGAAGACCUGAGAUUUAUGCCAGGAUGAGGCUUUUAGCUCCAAAGUUGCUUCAAGUCCCCGAAUACCGAGACUCGGUGGAUGACCAAAGGGACGAUGAAGGUGUGGGGUCAAGAAUUUCUUCACCGGCAUUUCUCAUCAUAAUGGAGGAUUGUAUCCACACUUUCAUGAAUUUUCUCAAGGCUGACAAGGAAAACACCUGCCAAAUCAUAACAUCUUUGUUUAGAAGAAAACGAAGAAGAGGCUCACUUGAUCCCACUCUUCUUCAGCUCAUCAAGAAAGUCAACCAAAAAAAGAAGAUGAAGCUUAAAGAUCUCCGACGAGCUCGAAAAUGCUUGAGAAGAAGAAGGUUGAAAGUUGAUGAAGGGAUGGAAAUAGUGAUGGGUUUGAUAGACCUAAAGGUGGUCUCUAGGGUUUUGAGAAUGAAAGAGAUGAGUGAAGAGCAAAUGCAUUGGUGUGAGGAGAAAAUGAGCAAAGUGAAAAUUUUGGAUGGGAAACUUCAAAGAGAUUCUUCAACACUUUUUUUCCCAUCACACUGAUAUCACUGACCACACCAAAGAAUGUUUUUGCUCAAUUAAUUAUUUGGCAAAUGACUAGAUGAUGAAUGUGCAAAACAAAAAAAAAGUUAUAAUAUUGACUGCACAAAAUUGAAUAUUCUACUAUCCUCCUAGCUAUAUAGGCCACUCUUUAUAUGUAAAUAUUAUUUUAUAUAUCACAUAGUGCUAUAUGAUCUGAUCUCCUAUUCAUAGAAAAUUUGCAGAGUGGGGCCUACAGUUCAAAGUAAUUGCAUGUGGGGUGACAUGGAUUUUGGAGAAUCCUAUAUGAAAGAGAUCAAUAUAUGGGGUCCCUACAAGUCUUAAAGAGAUGGUAUUGGUUGGUGUGUAAUGUGAUUCAUCAAUGUUUUGAAAGUGAAAGAACAAAGACAAAGCAAGGAAUAGAUCAUCAGACAAGACCAACUUUAGCUACAUUGCUUUAAUUUUAUUAAUUUGUAACUUUUUUUUUUCUCUCUUUUAAAUGAGAUGAGGUUUAUCUAUUAGAGUAUAGAAGAAAAAAAUAUCAGAUAUGAUGUGAAGUGAAUCAAAAGAAGAGAUUGAGAACUACCAAGGCUGCUGCUACACAUGCAUAUAUAGUCAUGGGCAAAUAGAAUAAAAAAGGUAUAGCACAUGGUAAGUAGAUUUUAUUUAUAUAUAUAUAUAUAUGGCUAUUAGGGCCAUCACUUUCUUUUGGGAAAAGGAAAUAUUGUUGGGGAAUAAAACAAUUUUUUUUAAUCUUUGAAUAAAACAAAGCUUCUGAUCUUUUGUA